AUGACCACUGCUGUCCUCCAAUACCCCCCAGAACUCUUAUUCAUCAUCUGCGCACAUGUCUAUGCCGCCGGCCUUCCCACCGCCAAACCGUCUCUCGACCCGUUAAACAUCAUACAAAACGCCGGAGCGCCCACAGGCCUCCCCUCAUCUUGGCCCGCAGAUAACUGGACCGAGCCUCUCGUCCGCCGCACCCUCGCCAAUCUCUGCCUCGUCAACCACUCAUGGUACGAAGCCGCCAAGCCCUGGCUCUGGCAGAAGAUCGAAGUGCGCCUCCCGGGAAGCUGGCUCGCCCUCGUGGACGAGAUUGCCGGCGGUGACGAGGAGGACGAGUCCUCAGACGAAAAAGUCGCACUGGACGUGCAGCAGUCGAUCAACGCAGCCACCAGGGCCGCCAUCGCCUCGAGCUCCGUCAUGGGCGGCUGCGACGAGGCGGCGGCCCAGAAGCUCCGCGAGUCCAUCCUCGAGACGCUCAACGGGCCCGACGGCUCCAUUCCGCCCGAGCUGCUGACUCCACCUGUGUCGCGGGAUCCCAGCCCGCGCCGACCCCGCACCAAGUCCAAGAGCCCCGCACGGUGGAAGAUCAUGCGGUCCAUAAGCGACGCUGUCCAGAACGUUAUGGAGCGCUCCGAGUAUGGACUUUACGGUCCGAGACUAACGGCCAUUUUCGGUUUAGUCCCCCGCAUUGACGAUCCCCGCCCCGGUCGGUUCGUGCAGCACCUGGACUUUAAUCAUUUCCGGACUAUAGGCAUGAGGCGAUCCGUCGAGGAAGGCGUCAACAAGCGCUUCGUGACCGGAAACCGGGUCGAAGCCGUGCUUAAGGAAAUGCCAAGCCUGAUAUCGUUUGGCGCCACCGAGUACAUGGACGGCUCCUUGACCUUGCCUGUGCUGAAGGAGCUUUUCCUUCGAGGCGCCACUUCGCGUGGUCGGGGUCGUCCGUCUCGCGGGCGCAUCAUGUUUGACCCCAACGAUCCCGAGGAAGAAGAUUGGGAGCGGAGGAGAGAGUGCAAGCAGCUCGACGCUAUCGACUUGACCGGUUGCGUUAGCGCCGUCUUUGUCGGCGCUCUCACCGAGUUCGUGACUACGUACCUCCUACCGCAAGACGGCGAUUCGAGUGGCAAUGAGGAUGAAGGUCGCCGCGAGGGACGGCGGUCACGCGCCGUGCGUUUCACUCCAGAUGAGCCGCUUACAUUCCCCGGCCUGCAGCGUCUAGGCCUCCGUGGCGUAAAGUCCAUCAGUCCACACAUCCUGACGCCGUUUGUUCUGGCAUUCCCUUCGCUUACGCACUUGGACCUGUCCGCUACUCGAGUCACUCCCGAGCUCCUGACUGCCCUCGGUGAUACGUCUACUCGCCUCAAGUCUCUGGCGCUUGCUCGCUGCAUUCGUCUUACUGGCGAGAGCAUCCGGUCCUUCCUCAUUGAGUCGCCGGUGGUUGCUCAGAUCGAAGAGCUUACUCUUUACGGCGAUCGGACCUUCCCGUCACCUCUUACUGAGGAUGACCUGCACGAGAUCUUUAACCAUGCGCCGUGCUUCACCAGUGGCACGCUCACGUAUCUCGAUCUGUCAAGCUCGCCUUUGACGAAGGAGCUCCUCUCAGUCUGCCGGCCCCAACCCGCUCUCCGUUCUCUUGGCCUUUCAUACAUUCCCGACCUUGAGCUCCACACCGUCGCCGAGUUCCUGAAAGAAAAGGCCCCAAACGUGGAGGUGGUCACGCUGGUGUCCACCACCCCAGAACUCGAAUGGGGCCGCGCGGGCGCGGGCAUGGGCGCACCCCGGAGCUCUGCACGCCAGGCGUCUCUCGCGCUGCACGCACAGUUCAUCCGCCCGCUCUGCACGCCCCCGUUCACGUUCAGCCUCUCGACCUCGCCUACGGAGAGCAAGCCGCCGCCCACGCGGCUGCGCGUCAUCGAGCUGUCCAUCCCUGCCCUUUCGGGCCUCGGAGCUGGCGCCGGAUCUUGGCGCAUCGUGCGCAGCAAGGGAGGUCGAGGCUGGUACGUGGACACCGCGAGUGCGUGGGUCGGAGGUGUCCUCCGCAGGGAUCUCCCCGCGGAUCAUCCUCACAGGGAGGGGAUGGAGCGCCUCGCGGCUGCCAACGGGAACGUCAGCAGUGGGACUGGGUGGCACGCACGUAAAAUGGAGGUGCUGCAUGGACACGGUAUGUUGGGACGUGAGGAUGGGCUGUACGGUGCCGUGUCUUUCGCAUACCAGGGAUGA